GUUGCCGAUGUGUUGAUGGGAAAAAAUUGUUCCGGUCCUGGCUCUUGGACUGUUAGCAGGUAAACAAAAUUGACGUUUAACUCAACAGUGUAGAAAAGUGUUACCCCUGAAAUGGACGCUGUAAAACAUGAAACUUCCUACACAGAAACGCCCACCUUUUGCCGGUUGUGCCUCAAAACCAACUCCAUCGAAAUUCUCGUCCAAACACCGGGAGAAGCAAAUGAGCCGUUGUUGAGCAUCAUUAGCGAAUGUUUGGGAAUAUGGCUCACAGUUACGGAAGAUUUCCCCCUUGGAAUUUGCCACGAGUGUUGCAUGUCACUGGAGGCAAUUCGCCAAUUUCGUUACAAUUGCCAACAGUGUGAUCUGUACUUAAAAAAUCAACGUUCUGCCUCUGAUACACGGCCUGUUGCAUCGGAAUUGGAAGCGUCUAUAGAGCAGAAAGUGGUACUACAAGUUCAUCGCUAUUCGGAAGUUCCAUCCAAUGCGAUAAUGAUGGAUGGACAGAACAUUAAAAUGGAACAACCCGUGGUGGACUCUAGCGAAUACAACGAUCAGGAAAUCAGUCAAAUGCCCACUCAGUAUUAUCAACAAGUUCCGCCCGUGCAGGAAGUUAACAAUGCACCGCCUUCACUGGAAGUUGUUCAGGCACCGUCCAGUAUUCCUCUCAAGAAAUUCGAUUGCCCCGAAUGUGGCAAGCAGUUGCAUAGCUCCAGAAUGCUAUCACAGCACGUAGUACGAGAGCAUCGACUCGCUCAUGGUUGCCAGGCUUGCGGCAUGUCUUACAAUAGUCCCUCAAAAUUGGAAGCACACUUAACAACCUGCACUGGCCGUCCGUCGCGGUUCAUGUGUAACCAAUGCCCGAGCGGAAAGGUUUUCUCAACAGCCAUCAGCCUGUCAGUACACUUGUACUACGCUCACGACAGCUUGCAGUCUGUAGUGUAUCGAUGCGAAUCCUGCAAAAAAAAUUUCAAGAAUCGAAUCGGCCUUAAGUACCACUACAAAACGGGACACGGUUGUACGAUGGUCGAGUGCGAAAUCUGUCGAAGGCCAUUUCCCACCGAAGAAAGUCUCUACUAUCAUAAGAUGGUAGAUCAUUAGGUCGCAAUCCGUUUCUCUUUGUAUGUUUCAAUUAUAUUUCUUAUUUUGACUGAUUUGGAAUCAAUAAAGACACUAUUUUUUUUAUAA